AUGCCGCCGACCCUCGUCGAGCGGCGGCGAGCGACGCCAUACGACAGACCAAAGCAACAACGACACCACCGACGAACAAACAGCCAGUCGCAAACGCACAGGCGCACGCCCUCGGAUCCUGCUCUGGUUUUCGGGGCCGCCCAACGUUUUGAGGCACAAGCCACGGGCCCGAGAGAGAUCGACCACUGUCACUGGGAGUCUCUGGCUGAGCUCAGGCUGAAAACUUUCUAUGCUCAGCUACCUGUCGCUGAGGACCCGGAAACGCCAAGUGUCUACCUUGCCAACUUGGAGGCGAAGGACAAGAUCCUCGAUGCGCUCAGCCUCAAUCGGGGACUGAAGCGCACUUUGUCGCUCGCCUCUUCGACGGAAAACGGAGAGGAGGGCACGCAAGUUGAGGACCACAGUGAGCUCGAUGUGCCAUUCGUGGCGUCCCCAACCGGCCUUGAGGCUGAGCAGCCAACAAUUGUCCAGGCAGUGCCGUGCAUUCAACAGCCGCCAAGGCCAACUGCACUUUCCGUGCCAGCAUGGUUUCGGCCGCAGAGCCCAUUAUCGCCACAGAGUUCAAACAGCCCUACGACACCGCCGCCACUUCUCAUCCAGAGCUUGGCUGGCAGCCCCGAGUCCAUGAUGCAGCCUGAGCAGUUUGAUGGUGAAGACAAUUCCGAAGACGCCGAGGCUGGUCAGCAUCCUGAAGAGCAUGCAGAGGAAGAAGACGAGGACGCCGAAGGGGAGACCGACGAUGAAGCCCGUGAUGAAGGCGAGACUGGAGCUGAGCAAUCGUGGGGCUACCACUUGCAGUGCACGCACACUUCUGCUUCGGCGCAUCUCCGGCAACUCCUGUCCGCCCGACACCGCAUCAGGACGAUCUAUGGCCCCUCAUCCGCCUUUGAACAGCUCGAUAUCGUGUCCACCACGCCCGUUGACCCCCGUCGCGACUAUCGUGUCACCCCAACCCUGCCUCCAACGCUGGCGGAGACUUACGUCCAGCUCCGGCGCAUGCUGCAGCGGCCCUUCCCAAACAGAUCGCACUUCAAAACCAGAAUCCAGCACACUCUCGCUCUCAAAACAGCACUUCCUAAGCUGCAAUCAGUGUGUAGCAACUGCGCGGAGUUAGAGCCGGAGUUGGCAGUGACCCUGGCGCUGCUGGAUGCGCGAAUUCGCGAUCAGUCUCAGCGGCUUAGGAUAGCCUACGCGCAGGUUGUGUGCGGGGCCAACAGUGACCGGGUUGUAUGGGCUGAGAGCCGCGGAGAGAUUCCCCCAACGCCUCCAAUCUCCAUGGAAGCUGGGCCAAGUAAGAAGAGGAGGAAGACGACGACGAAGAGGGACGAGGACGAGCAGCCCAAAGCCCAAGCUCAAGGGGGACACAAGGGCAAGUGGCACCUGAGCGACUUUGCACCCCAGUCACCCCCGGAGCCGCAGGUGCCACCGCAGAACAAGAACGCUCGCGACGCAGCUGCUGCGACACAACGUGCCAUGGAAUUGGGGGCGAACACACCAGCUUCUGCUUCUGCAUCCGUCACACAGCAGCAUGCACAGCGCGCACAGGCGCAGACCCAGGCGCAGCCGCCGAUCACCGCCCCCGCCCCUUUAGCUAUCUCUAUUGUGCCCUCCACCGUCAUUGUCCCCACCACCAUGGACAACAACAGCAACAAACCCAUCAGCGCAUACCGGAAACGCAAGGCUCGCAAGCUCCAGAAGCAAAAGGAGGAAGAAGAGGAAGAACGUCUCCGCAUCUCUCUCGAACGCACUCAGCGCGAGCGAGAACUGCACGGCAUGUCGGUGCCGCCUAUAUCAUCUGGACAGCCGACAUCCAACCUUCCACCUUCGACCUCUCAGGCUUCGAUGACGCAACAGCAGCCCCAGCUUCCAGCAGCAAGCCAAGCCCGCCUUGCCGCCUUCGAGGCCAGGAUUAUGAGUGCCGGCCCGCCGGCCAAUACUGAGGCAGAACACUUAGUUCGGGCCCAGCUCGAGCGCAUGCGCAACUCGGCCUCGGCAUCUACCCCGCGUGCUGGUGCCACCUCAAUGACAGAACCGCAUCAAGAUUUGUCCCAGUCUCACGCUACCCAGAGAGCCCGGAUGCAGCAAGUCCUGGCUCGGCAGGCUCAGGCCCAGCAACAGGUCGAGCAGCUGGCCCAGCUUGCACAGCUGCCUCAGGCCCAGGUGGCCACGUCACAGACACACACACCGCCGUCCCAGCCUCCCCAGGUCACCUCGGCCAUGAUCCAGCAAGCGGUGCAGCAGAUCCGGCAGACACACAUGCAGCAAGCACAACAGCCCACGCAGCCCACGCAGCAGGCGCAACAGCAGUCAAGGCGCGAGCUCGGUCUCGGACGGCCAGUGAAGCGGCGCCGCUUCGAAACGACCGACAGCGCGAGGGAGGUCAACCAGCUUCUCGACCCUUCCAUGGGUUCGGUCAAUGCCGUGGAAUCACAGCUGCAGCCGUCCUUCGCGACUCAGGCGAGCUUCACGACCCAGCCCAGCUUUGCGAGCACGGCGCCGAGCGAGGCGCAGAGGAGUCAGGUGGAGCAGAUGCUCCAGUAUGCCCAGCAGCCGUACCAACAGCAGCUGCGUCCUCUCGACCCGCUCGGUAGCUCGAUAACGCCCCAAGGGGGUAGCGGAUGGGGCGGGUCUGUUCGCCAGUCUCAACAGCCAGCUCAACAGGCUCAGCAGUCCCAGAGUGGCUUUUCAGGCUUCACGAGCCAGCAGCCAGCCCGCGUGGCUCCUCCUCGAUCCGCUCAGUUGUCCGAAUACGACAAACUGACCGAGGAGCAGCUCAAGAAUCGUCUCCGCCAGCAGAUCCUCCGUGGAGAACCUAGCGAUUACCUGCCCCUCGCGCAGCUCUUGGGGCAACAGCAGGCGCCGACGCCUCCGAUGCACCACCCGACGCCGUCAUAUCCGGCCACGGCCGCUGGGCCCUCGAAUACGCCGGGACUCAUCCCGACCCCGAUGCCGAGUAGCCGUCACCCGACGCCGGGCAGUGGACAUCCCACGCCCAGUGCUCAGCACCUCACCCCAAGCAACAACCUGACCCCCGGCUCGGGAGCUGGCUAUCCCGGCAGUCGACAGAUGACUCCCACACAGCUUCAGCGCAGUCCUCAGCCAAACCGGCAGCUCAGUCAGCAGCUCACCCCCGCCCACCCCCUGCAGCCCAGUCCUCAACCAAGCCAGCAGUUCAGCCAGCAGCCAACAGGCGGGAAGACCCAUCCGUUCAUCGACUGGGUCCGCGGUCUGGAGAAGACAGAAGAGCGGGUCGAGUUUCUCGACCACUGGAACGAGACCUGGAACAGGCAGUAUGCGGAGGAGGAGCGGGUGAGGAUGUCCGUUGCUCCUCGGCCUCAGUCUCAGACUCAGCCUCAGCCUCAGCAGCAGCCUCAACUCCCACCUCCGCCGCAGCUGCAGCAGCUGCAACAGACGCAACAACAACAGUUCCAGCCAACGCAGCAGAUCCCGCCCCAGCUCGCUCAACCUCAGCCUCAGCCCCCGCUCGCCCAGCAACCUCGGGCCGAGACGCAGCCUACAGAGGUCCGCACGCCGACACUCCAGGAGUUGGACGGCUUACUCGCCUUGCUGAACAGCGUGGCUCCAACCUCCCAAGAUGCGGGUCCGCAGGAUGCCGUUCAGCAAUACGACUUUGGCGCUUUCGGCGGGUCCGACCUCCUCGCGGGCUUCCCUCAGCAGACCGAGCAGUCGCAGCUUCUCCCUGUUCAAGCUCAGCAAACAGCCCAGCGCCAGCCAGUUCCUCAGCAACAGGUCCAGCAGGCUCAGCAGGUCCAGCAGGUCCGGCAGCAGCCGGUUCAGUUCCAGCAGGGUCAGUAUCAGCCUCAGCAGGAUCAGUACCAGCAGAGUCAGUCACUGCCUCCUCAGCCAACAUACGCCUCGUCGCUGGGUCUGCUUCUCCAGCCUCCAAGCACCCCGUCUCAGCCCGUGGCUCAACCUCCUCAACCUCCUCAACCUCAAACUCCUCAGCCUCCUCCAGCGCCUCCAGCGGCUUCAGCGCCUCCAGCUCCCACCGUCCCGGCAACAAACCCAGUCGACGACGAAGCCCCUCGGCUCGUGUACAACCCCGACGGCACGCGCAGCAUCAUCGCCCACCUCUCAAGUGGCACGCGGCGAGAGCUCCGCUUCCAAGUCGCCCCGGGGCAGAGCGACGCCGACGCGCUCGCCAUGGCGCGGUACUGGGUCCAGAUCGGGAAUGGGCUGAGUACGACGGUCGCGCUCCCUUCUGUCCCCGCCGGUUCGGCUACGACUGGCAUGCCGACAGCUAGUGUCUCGGCUGCGCAGAGGGGGAAGAGGAAGCGCGAGGAAGAGGAUAAGGAGGAGGAAGAGGAUGAGGAUGAGGACAGCGAGGAGGAGGAUGCAGAGGGGGAGAGUGAUGGGGAGAGCGAGGAUGCCGAGGGCAGCGAUGAGGAGUAG